AUGGCGUUCACCUUUGCGGCCUUCUGCUACAUGCUCACCUUGGUGUUGUGCGCUGCUCUCAUCUUCUUUGUCAUAUGGCAGAUCAUCGCGUUUGAUGAGCUUCGCACAGACUUCAAAAACCCCAUUGAUCAGAGCAAUCCCACCAGAGCGAGGGAAAGGAUUCUCAACAUUGAAAGAAUCUGCAACCUGCUUCGCAGAUUGGUGGUUCCGGAGUACUCCAUCCACGGGCUCUUCUGCCUGAUGUUCAUGUGUGCUGGAGAGUGGGUCACACUUGGCCUAAAUAUCCCACUGCUCUUCUACCAUCUUUGGAGAUUUUUUCACCGGCCAGCUGACGGGUCAGAGGUCAUGUAUGAUCCUGUUAGUGUGAUGAACGCUGACAUUCUCAACUAUUGCCAGAAGGAGUCCUGGUGUAAGCUGGGCUUUUAUCUGCUCUCUUUCUUCUAUUAUCUCUACAGUAUGGUCUAUGCCUUGGUGAGCUUCUAAGACAAAGGAGAUCUGGACCAAAAAAAAGGAAAUAUCUGUAAGAAAGACCCAGAAGAAUGAAUGGAGACAUCAACUCUUCCUCUCUCCAUGUGUCAUUCCCAUCUCUAGCUUGGGUUUUCAACAGUCUGACCUUGGACAAAACAAGAAGACCAAUCUGAGUGAAAAUGUGAAUGUAAAGGUGUUGCGUCUGCUGCUGUCGGGUGGCUGGACAAAGUUUUGAAAGAUGGAAGUGAAACAGACAGAGGAAGCAGCAGGUGUUUGUGUUGCCUUUGACCCAAUAUAUGAUUUACUAAUAUGAAGGGCUGGAGUUUUCCCAUGCUGCUCUUACUGAUCCAGUCACUCAACUCACUGUGAAUCUCCAAACACUUUUAGGGGCUGGAAAACGAAAUAGUACGUCUGUAUUCUUUGAGUUUGAAAAUGCUCUCAAAGCAGGAUUGUUUUGGUUUCAUUCCAUGUAUUUAACAUGAGAGUCACCUCUGAUAUUAAACAACUGCUUUGAUUGUGUUACAGGUAAAUAAAACUGUAAGUAACAGGUUAAAUUGUGCAGGAGAACAUUAAAACACUGUAAGAAAUGCAGAAGGCCUAACAGGGAAAUAACAGAUUGGUGUGUUUACACACCCUUUUAACCAGGAUGAAGAUAAAGCAUAGACCAACACAACAGUUCCCUGAUGCCAGCCUCUGUCAAAAGUCAAAUUUCACACUGUAACUAAAACAACAAGGAAUUAAUCAUAAGUUUGACUUUAAGAGUCAACGCUUGUAUUGUGCAUUCAAAAUAAGUAAGUCCAUAGCUGUAAGGACGUAUUUUAUGCUACACUCUAGGUUCAUGCUUUCAGAGGAGCUUUACGCUCAGACAUAUAAUGCCAAAAGUUUAUAUCUGAAAAACAUUGUGCCAAAUUAAAAAAAAAAAGUCAAUUAGGAGAAGUGAAAAGAAAAAUGAUGAGGCUAGAGAGU